CAUCGCGGCCAUCUUCUUCUAUACUCCUUCCAGUACUCCAUCUCAUUUUCACGUUCUCAGAUUCCACCAGAGACUUCGUUAAUUUGUGCUUUCAGGUUUGAGACAUGGACGAGAAUAUUGAAGUUCCUCCCUUCUUCUUGUGCCCCAUCUCCUUGGAAAUCAUGAAGGAUCCGAUCACGGUUUCCUCCGGGAUUACCUACGACCGUGAGAGCAUCGAGAAAUGGCUCUUCUCCGGCAAGAACAAGACGUGCCCGGUCACCAAACAACCCCUCUCCGUAUCAGACUCCUCCGACCUCGUUCCCAACCACACCCUUCGUCGUCUGAUUCAAUCGUGGUGUACCAUGAACGCUUCUCACGGCAUCGAGAGGAUCCCCACGCCCAAACCUCCCAUCAACAAAGCCCAAGUGGCUAAAAUCAUCAGAGACGCUUCUCGAUCUUCUCAGUCACCGGUUAAAUGCCUCCAAACACUCAAAUCCAUUGCCUCCGACAGCGACGCCAAUAAACGCAGCAUAGAAGCCGCGGGCGCCGUCGAAUACCUAGCAUCCAUUGUACUCCGUCACACAAGUUUCUCCUACACACCUGAAGAAGCUAGCCCUGACGAUGAUGGAUUUGAAUUGAAAACAAGCGGAGGUGAUGAAGCCUUGAGCAUUCUCCAUAGCCUCCGCCUGUCCGAGGCUGGCUUGAAGAGCCUCGUCAGCUUCGAAAACGGAUCAUUCAUUGACUGCUUAACCAGAAUCAUGCAGAGGGGAUUCUACGAGUCACGAGCUUAUGCCGUCUUAUUGUUAAAAUCCAUGUUCGAAGUGGCUGAUCCAUCGGUUUUAUCCCAUUUAAAACCAGAAAUGUUCGUUGAAUUAGUACAGCUAUUGAAAGACCAGAUAUCCCAGCAAGCCUCGAAGGCUACUCUAAGAACACUGAUCCAAACAUGUCCUUGGGGAAGAAACAGAAUAAGAGCAGUGGAAGCAGGAGGCGUAUCGGUGUUGAUAGAGCUUCUUCUAGAUUGUAAAGACAGGAAGCCAUGUGAGAUGAUGCUGGUGUUGUUGGAGAUGCUGUGUGGGUGUGCUGAGGGGAGAGCCGAGCUACUGAGUCACGGGGCGGGGAUCGCAAUAGUUUCGAAGAAGAUUCUGAGGGUGUCGACUAUGGCCAACGAUAGGGCGGCGAGGAUUCUGCUGUCCAUUGCCAAGUUCUCUGCAACCCCUAGCGUUUUGCAGGAAAUGUUGCAGGUUGGGGUGGUGGCGAAGCUGUGUUUGGUGCUUCAAGUGGAGAGUGGGCGAAAGGCUCAGGACAAAGCCAGAGAGAUUCUCAGAAUGCACUCUCGGGCUUGGAGGAAUUCUCCAUGCAUACCCAGCAGCUUGCUUUCUUCUUAUCCGAAUUGAAUUGAGAGUCGUUCAGAGUUUUGAUUUUUUUUUUCUUUAUGUAUAUUUUUCCUCUCUGUUGAUUAAGUUUCCUGUACAGAAUUAUUUUGAGAGGUAUGAAGAAUAAAUGCCAGCAUGGGCAUCAAUUACAGCCCAUGCAGGUUAGAUUGGUUGAUUGAUAUGGAUUGUGCUUAUAAUGGAUUACUGACACAAAUGGUGUCAUUGACCAA